GGUGCUGUUUCAGGGUGGGACUCGGAUCCGGUAGCCGGGGUUUGACAAGGGGUCGCACUGUUCGCGGCUUGAUGCAAUCACACAAGAGGAAAGUAGAAAGGCUUAUGUGGCUUGAGGAAAACCAUCAUGCAACAGUUACCACCGGAUACCAUUCGACUUCUUUCAAGCUCUCAGACAAUAACCUCUGUUGUUAAUGUAGUGAAGGAGCUUGUGGAAAACUCCUUGGAUGCUAAUGCAACAAGCAUUGAAGUCAAAUUAGAAAACAGUGGAUUUGACAGGAUAGAAGUACGAGACAAUGGUGAUGGAAUCAAAGCUGUUGACACCCCUGUCAUGGGACUCAAACACUACACAUCUAAGAUUAGUCAUCAUGAGGACUUAGAAGCCCUAGAAACAUAUGGAUUUCGUGGUGAAGCUUUGGGUUCUAUCUGUACUGUGUCUGAGGUUAUCGUCACAACUAAGACAGCUGCUGAUGAAGUGAGUACUCAGUAUACUUUGGACAAUGCUGGACACAUCAUUUCACAGAAGCCUUCUCACAUGGGCCAAGGAACAACUGUGACAGUGCUCAAACUCUUUAAGAAUAUCCCUGUAAGGAAGCAAUUUUACUUCACUGCCAAAAAAUGCAAAGAAGAGCUGAAAAAAGUUCAAGACCUCCUAAUGGCAUAUGGCAUAAUAAAACCAGACCUAAGGAUUGUUUUCACACACAAUAAGGCAGUUGUAUGGCAAAAGGCCAAGGUGUCGGAUCACAAAAUGGCCCUGUUAACAGUUCUGGGAACUGCUGUGAUGGUCAGCAUGGUACCCAUCCAACAUCAUGAGCAAGAACCUGAGAUUUUCCUCAGUGGUUUUCUGCCCAAGCCAGGUUCUAAUCCGUCUUUAACAAGUCUCACCAGCCCUGACAGAAGUUUCAUCUCUGUUAAUUCCAGACCUGUUCAUCACAAGGAAAUAUUAAAGUUGGUUCGGCACUACUACAGCUCUCAAUCACAGAAGGAUUCUUCACAUAUUCGUUACCCGGUUUUCUUCUUGAAUAUCUUGGUUCCAGCUUCAGUUGUAGAUGUUAAUUUAACACCAGAUAAAACUCAAGUAAUGCUUCAUAACAAGGAGGCCAUCUUGCUUGUGAUUGAGAAGGUGUUGAUUUCAGUUUAUGGACAACUUGCUGGAAAUGGAACUGAUAAAUCAUCCUCUGAAUGUUUGAAAGAAACUGGACUUGUUUGCAGUGGUGAGCCAAAUCAUUCUGGUGUAUUAACAGCACCAGAGAUUUCUCAAGUUGCAGAUACAUUAAAUGGUUGCUCUAAAAAGAUCUCUUUUUCUAAUGACAUUUCUGCUCUGUUGGUUGAUGAAAAGGAGAGCUUUGCCAGUGACAUUGUUCAGACUGAUUCCCAAGAAAAAUCUCUUACUUCUGAGGAUAGGCCAUCACUUUCUGUCCCAGAAUUUGAUGUGACAUUUUCACUGGAUGAUGACCUAAUUCUUUUAAAGAGUCCACCUGAUAUUAACAGUGCCAAAUGUCCAGAAAAAGCUAGUAAUCCAACCCUAGCACCUGUGACGUUAAAUGAACAGACCUCAAUUGCAAAAGAUUCUGCUGAACUCACUGCUGAUAAUUGGAGUAUGGGGCAUGGGAUGAAGGAUUCUACUGAACAGAUGUUUGAACCUGUAAAGCUCUUAGUACCUAAAGACGCUACAGGCCAAAAACAUAUAAAUUGUGAUGAAACCAAACACCAGAAACCAACCGACACUACCUCAACCAAUGAUCCAAACAAAAAAUCUUCUAAUGUAGUGAAGGAUAAGAUUGGACAGAUCACAAUAUAUGACCUGAUCAGCAAUCACACUGUUAGAAAGUCUCUGUCAGCAUCUGCCCUUUUCAUUCAAGAAACUCGACCUAAACUGUUAGCCGAGAACCCAAGGGCUAAUCUGCAAGAUGUCAGCAUGAAACUUGAAGAGAUGUGGAAAAAUCUGAAUGAGGACGAGAAGAAGAAGUAUGAAGAGAAAGCUGCAAAGGACCUAGACAGAUACAAUUUACAGCUGAAGAAAGCAAUGGAAAGAAAUCCUCAUCAAGAUGAAGAGAAACAACCAAAAUUGGCCCCAGCAGCUAAAGUUAUUAAGAAACACUACAACGCACCGCUUUCAAACCAGCAAAUUUUGGAUAAACUUUUCCAGUCUCAAAUCCAUAACAAAACUAGCUUGGAUCCACCUUGUAAGACAAUAGAUGUUCCAUUUUCUUUAAGCCAUUUAAAAAAACAGCUUGAGCGACUUUCCAAAAGCCAUGAAUCAGAUGCUGAAAGACUUCAUCUCAUUAAUUGCUUGACUUCUUACAAUGGAUGGGUAGUUGCCUCUGAAAGGAAGCUGAUGUUGCUAAAUCCUUUUCGGGUGGAGGAAGCUCUACUGUUCAGAAGACUGAUGGAGAAUCACAUUUUUCAAACUGAGACCCUUGAUGCACCAAUAGCUCUAACUAAUAGCCUGCUUGGUGGACCCGAGUACAUAGAUGGUCUCUGUAAAAUGCAAAAGAAAUGCACAACAUUGACUGGGAUAACUUAUUUUACAGAUCCCAGACUUGUAUUUAAUGGGUUUAAGAUACAGCUAAUACCAGGUGCUUCAACAGCAGAGCAUCAUUUGGAAAUUGAAGAAAUGGCCAGGUGUUUACCUUUCUAUGGUGUAUCAGAUUUACGAGAAAUUCUGAAUGCAAUUUUAAAUAAAAAUGCCCAGAGUGUAUACCAAUGCAGACCUCUAAAGGUUGUAAAUUAUUUGGAGGGAGAGGCUGUUCGUCUGGCUCGACAGUUACCUCUGCGUUUUUCAAGGCAAGACAUAGAAGAUACAAUGUUAAGGAUGCAGCAACAGCUGGGAAAAGACUGCAACAGAUGCAUUCAUGGCCGCCCAUUUUUGCAUCACUUAGCAUGUAUACCAGAAACUGAAUGAUGGGCACAAAGCACAGCAGAGCUAACUAAUGUCAAUUACUGCAAUUGAGAAUGCAGUACAGUGGUGAAGUGAUGGAAAUGUUUGAAUGUAAGCAAAAAACAUACCAUCUGGAAGCUUUUGGUGCAUAAUUUCUUCAUAAUUUUUGAAUUCAACAAAUUGUAAAAUUAGAAUACUCCUGCGUUCUAAUGUUGUUUCCUUAAAGGCAAAUUCUUUCAUUAUUUGCACUCUAUUUCUAAACUCCUCAUUAUAGCAGUUAGGACCCAAUAUAAAUACAACAUGCGUUUCUGAUAGAAUAAGAACAAUCAUUCAGGGCUCCACCCAUAGCACCUUAGCAUAUGCAGAAUAUGAUUGAAGUACUGCAGCAUUGAGGCAAUGGAAUAUGUGAUAUUAGGACACACGCUGUGCUACUUAGACAGUACAGACGUUUCAGCCUUAGUGCCAUUAUUAUUUUGCUGAAGGUGGAAAAUAAAAGUUGAAGUGCUUCUAUUACCUCACCCCUCAUUAUGCAUCAUUUCCCAAGCACCCCAUCUGUUCUUGUGUCUUCGACAGUGCAACUCAGUAAAUCAGCAGCUGGGAAAAGAACAAGUGUGUCAUGGCCAAUUUAUUUUUCUCACCCUGCUCUUUUCCCUGUGGGUUACAAGUUACCCACUGAACAAGCUGGAAUCAGAAAUUUCCAUACUGGAGACUUUUUUCACUUUAAACCUCUAUGUAACUGUAUAGACUGAGUAGAGAAAGUAUAUUGUAUCUUCAAUGCUUAGAAGUAACUUAAGAAACAAAAUUAUGCUUGUAAAAAAAAUACAGAAUUUUGCAUAAUCUCACCAACUGAGACUCCACCAUUUAUCAGAUUUAUGAAUGUGGCGUUUACAUUGUAUUCUCGUACAAAAAUUAUACGUCCGCUUUCAGCAGCACAUACUGCCCCAGAAAUCAGUCAUGUUUUCCAGAAAACAUAAAGAGCAGUUCUGUAACCAAAUUUUAUACAUCUGUUGCUGAAACAUUUUUUAUGGAUUUCACUUCAGAUAUACCAUGUAAACCUAUGUUUCCAAUUCUACACAUUGUUUCUUUUCCCCCAAAGAGAAAAGGGGGUCCAUUAGUUCCAUUACAUUUUCCUUUCUAGACAUGUGGUCCUCUCUAAAUGCUAUAUGUUAGAUUCCUCUCAAAGCUUUUUUUUGUCUUUUUAACUACCACUUCCUUGAUCGUUUGUGAGAAUGAUCUGGACAGCUAUUGUUAUCCUGGCUUUCCAAAUGAAACUUUAUUACUGAAGUCGAAACAGAAAAUGCAGGGGAGUUUCAGCAGUUGAUGAUCUUUCAUCAUAUGUUCUGAUGACAGGUCAUCAACCCGAAAAAUUAACUCUGUUUCUCUCUCCUCACAGGUGCUGCUAAGUGUUCGCAAAAUUCUGUUUCGAUUUUAGAUUUCAAGCAUCUGUAGUAUUUUGCUUUUGUAGCAGUUGUUACUUCAAAUUGGACUUAUUCCUAUCUUUUUAAAUAUGAUUACAAUGCUACCCUUCAUUCUAGUCUUCAUUUUGCUAAAAUUGUAUUUUUAUGGUUCUAAUUGUUAUAUUGGACUGACAGGUUAUUUUGGCCAAUACACUUCCAAUUUUUCCACAUGGCCUGUUCAUAUUCUUAACAUUAUUAAAUUGAUUGUACUUA